GAAGUACUCGGACUGGACAGAGUUCCUCAUACGGGACCUGACUGGCUCCCGGACGGCGCCCGCCAGCCUGCUGGAAGGUCCUCUGCGAGGGAAAGGCCCUCUAGACCUCAUUACAGUUGGUUCCUUAAUAGAACUUCAGGAUUCUCAGAACCCUUUUCAGUACUGGAUAGUUAGUGUGAUUGAAAAUGUUGGAGGAAGAUUACGCCUUCGCUAUGUGGGAUUGGAGGACACUGAAUCCUAUGACCAGUGGUUGUUUUACUUGGAUUACAGACUUCGACCAGUUGGUUGGUGUCAAGAGAAUAAGUACAGAAUGGACCCACCUUCAGAAAUCUGUCCUUUGAAGAUGGCCUCUGAGUGGAAAUGUGCUCUGGAAAAAUCCCUUAUUGACGCUGCCCAGUUCCCUCUUCCCAUGGAAGUGUUCAAGGACCAUGCCGACUUGCCCAGCCACUCCUUCAGAGUCGGCAUGAAGCUGGAAGCCGUGAACUCGCGGGAGCCUUUUCAGAUCUGUCCUGCGUCCGUGACCCAGGUCUUUAACAAUCACUUCUUCCAAGUGACCAUCGACGACCUGCGGGCAGAGCCCAGCGCCCCCUCCAUGCUGUGCCACGCGGACUCCUCGGGGGUCUUACCCGCCCAGUGGUGCCUGAGGAACGGAGCUGACCUCACCCCCCCAAAAGGCUACGCCGGCCGGGCCUUCGACUGGGCGGACUACCACGAGCAGCACGGGACGGAGGAGGCGCCGGCCUCCUGCUUCAGAGACACCGCGUUCAGCCGGGGCUUCACAAAGAACAUGAAACUCGAAGCCGUGAACCCCCGGAACCCCCGGGAGCUGUGCGUGGCCUCCGUGGUGGGCGUCAAGGGGAGGCUGCUGUGGCUUCACCUGGAAGGUCUCCAGACGCCCGUGCCCGAGUUCAUCGUGGACGUGGAAUCCAUGGACAUCUUCCCAGUGGGCUGGUGCGAGGCCAAUGCUUACCCUCUGACCACACCCCUCAAGAUGGCGACACAGAAGCAGAGGAAGAUUGCGGUGGUGCAGCCGGAGAAGCACUCUCCCUCCUCGGCGGAGAAGACAGCGCACAGAGAGCUCUGUGUCCUGCCUCACCUGGACACCGCAGGCCCUGCCAACGGCAAGUACAGCUGCCCGAAGCUCUUCAUCAACCACCGCUGCUUCUCGGGCCCCUACCUCAACAAGGGCCGCCUGGCCGAGCUGCCGCGCUCCGUGGGGCCUGGCACGUGCGUGCUGGUCCUCAAGGAGGUCCUCGGCAUGAUCAUCAACGCAGCCUACAAGCCCGGCCAGGUGCUCCGGGAGCUGCAGCUGGUCGAGGACCCGCACUGGGACUUCCAGGAGGAGACGCUGAAGGCCAAGUACAGAGGCAAAACCUACCGGGCGGUGGCCAAGAUCGUCCGCACGGCCGCGCAGGUGGCCGCCUUCUGCCGGCGCGUGUGUGCCCGGCUGGAGUGCUGCCCGAACCUCUUCAGCCCCGUGCAGGUGGCCGAGCACUGCCCCGAGAACUGCUCCACGUACACCAAGACCAAGUACACCUACUGCUACGGGAAGAGGAGGAGGGUCAGCAGGCCCCCUGUGGGCGAGCGCAGCGCGGACAGCGCCCCACCCCGGCCGGUACGGCGGCGGAAACGGCGCAGGUCUCUCCUGGCGCAGAGGCAGCAGCCGGCGUCCCCCGUGGGGGCGGCCCCCUCCGGAGAGGAGAGCGAGGACAAUGCGGCGGAGGCCCCGGAGGAGGAGAGCGGGGGUGAGGGUAGCGGCUCGGAGCCCCACGAUGACCACACGGACACGUCCAGUGAGCUGCCGGCUGCCCGGGCACCCGGGGCCACCGCCCUGAGGAGCGUCUUGGAGCCCCCGUGCCAGCUGCCCCCCGAGAAGACACGCCGUAACCGCAGGGCCCCGCCCCCCACCUGCACCCAGGGGGGCCCGGCGGCCAGCCAGGACAGAGCUGAGGACGCCCCGCCCGUGGGGGAGGAGGAGGAGGAGGAGAGGCUCGUCCUGGACAGCAACCCGCUGGAGUGGACGGUCACCGACGUGGUGCGCUUCAUCAAGCUCACGGACUGCGCGCCGCUGGCCAAGAUCUUCCAGGAACAGGACAUCGACGGGCAGGCGCUGCUGCUGCUGACUCUGCCCACGGUGCAGGAGUGCCUGGAGCUGAAGCUGGGCCCCGCCAUCAAGCUGUGCCACCAGGUGGAGCGGGUGAAGCUGGCCUUCUACGCCCAGUACGCCAGCUGACCGCCCUGCGGCACGGUGCCCACGCCACGCUGGCACAGGAAGCCCUCCCCGCCCCCUCGUGUGCCUGCCCGGGAGUGGGGCCCCCGUCCGUCUCCCUGCUCCACGCCUGCCCCUGGAGCCCGCCUCCUCGAUCCCGCACGUGGCCUCUGAAUGCCGGACCUGGACCCGCCCAGCCCCGCCUGCGGCUGUGCCAAGGUGGCCUGGUUGGAGCGUCUGGGGGCUCCUUGGGGGCUUGGCCGCUGUUGGACGCAGGCGGGGGACAGCUGGCCCCUUGGGAGUGGGCCGUGGACAUGGCAGUGAAUGGCCACUCCCAGGAUGCCCGUCCACGGGAACCCCGCCCACCCGGUGAGCCCUCGGGGCCUGGGUUCCCGGCAGCUUUCUGGUCCGCUGCCCCAUUUCCGAUUCUGCCCCAGACGCUGCCGAGUCCCGGAAGGAAAAGCUCCGGCUCUCGGGGGCAGGAGGGUGGGAAGGGGCAGGGGAAGGGGUGCCCACGCCAGCCGCUGCUCCCUCCGCGACUCUGCCCAGCCUGAAGGGGAGAGUCCAGAUGGGCCGAGUGAGGGCCGGGCGGGAAGUGGGAGCUGCCGGGCUGUUGGCUCAAGCCACGCCCGCCCCUUCCUCGCAGACAGCAGGCAGGGCGGCUCUCUACGGCCUCUGGGAGUCUCCGCUUGGGGCUGGCGCGUGCUGGCACCACGUGGCACCACGUGCAGGCGGGCUCAUGUGCGCGUGCUGUGGCCCCGUCCCUGCCCCGACCCAGCGGAGCCGCUGUGGGCUCUCCCGCCGGCUGGCAGGAACAGCCCUUCCCGCUGUUGAGAGAGGCGGUCACCAGCAGGCCCUGGGAGCGCCGGGCACCUCGCUUACACGGCUCCGGCCACCCGCGGGGCGCAAAGGCCCUGCCCGCAGUGUGUGGCCACCCGCUUUCAGCGCUGGGCCUGAGGAUGUCCAGGGGCUGGGAGGGUGGGGGGGACACCAGGUGGCCUGCUGGGCCCCGUCCGAGGGGGCCUGGUGCUGGGACCAGCCUGGCGUAGGGUUCUGCCCCCACGAGCCCUGGCAGUGGCCCUGCAGGCUGAGCCCGGGCGUGUGAACCAGAAGGAUGGACACGGCAUGGUGCUGUGGGCACCUGGGCAGGCAGCUCCCAGGACCCUCGGUCCCUGCAGCUCCGGGCGUCCGUGUGUGGGGGAUGUGUGGGGCUGCCCGUCUGCACCCGCCAGCCACCCAGCUCUCAUCUGCAUGUCCCACCUGUGCCCACCGAGGGCCAGCGGCUCCCAGGGCCCGGGCGGGCACUGCUCCCUCACACCUGCCUCUGCCAGCCUCCGCCCCAGCCAGGCACUCCGUUGGUCUGCUGCCCCGCUCAGGACCACCUCGGGCCCCCCGAGCCUCCUGCCCUCCUCCGCUCCCCGGCCCGGCAUCGCCGCCCUGGGCCUCUCGGGGCCCCAUCGGGUCUGCUGUCUGGUAUUGGCCACGCAGGCGCGUCACAGUGCUGGGACCCCAGGACACGCAUGCCCUGAGGCCCACUGCCCGCAGGGUCAGAGCUGCCAAGCGGGGAAGACCCCACACGUGAGAAUCCAGCCCGGAAGGGGGAGGGGCAGAAAAGUCUGCUUGGAAAGAAAUCACCCCCCAUAGACGGGCAGAACCGCCCCGGAAGUUGGGGUCCUUGGCGCCCACCCAGCCUGCAGGGUCGUCGGGGCGAGGGCGGGGGGCCGUGGGCUCUGUCAGACGUGGAAGGUCAUCUCGUGUGAUCUGUUCCUCCGUCAGUCUCACCGCCCCGACUUCGGUGCAGCCACGCCGUCCCCUGGCCCGGGGCCGCCUCUGAAGGUGGGCUCGAGCCUCGUCCUGGAGGCAGGAGGGCUUUCCUGGGCAGACCCCGGUCCGAGAGGACUCCCCAGGGAACUGGGUGCAGAGGCUGCUCGGAGGUGGCCUCGCCCUGUAGAAAGCACGUGAAGGGAACCGGGGCUCAGGGGCCCGGGGCCUUCAAGGCAGAUACCGAGGUGCACGGAGUGUCUCUGCUGCAGCAGCUCAAGCAAGGGGGCGCAGUCUUGGCCCCUCAGAACGACUCUCACCGUUUCCUGAUCAGAGUUCUGGUAAAUUCAAGGGAGUUUGCUCCCGGCGUGGUCGGAUGCUGGUUGCUUCACUACCUGGGACUCACUUCCUCUCCCCAGAACCUGGGUCCUUCCUAGGGCCUCCAGGGGACAGGGCACUCGUGUGGCCCUGCGGCAGGGGAAAAGCACCUCCCGAGGUGUCUGCGUGGGAAGAGAAGGUUCUGGAACAGCCUCGGGGUGGGAUAAUCAUCGUGUUGGGAAGGGAGCUGGCGUGCCCCGGAAGCGUGAUGACCGCCAGCGUCUGUGAGGAGGUCUGCCCACCCACUGCCCACUUGGAAUCUUUCUUGUGGAAGCUUCACUCCUGUUUAGUUUAUGUUCUAGUGCAUAGAAGGGAAAAUGGGUGUUUUGGCUUUUGAGGUUUGUAGGACAAAGGGCAUGUUGUCUGCUGUAAGACUGUAUUCUGUAUAUACGUUCUCUUGUAAAUAACAUCUAUAGCAGAGUUCUAUUUUAAUUUCUAUUCUAAACGGAAAAUCCCUUUCUACUUGAAGACUUGUACGCCACAUUGUUAAUAAAGGAAAAAUGAAUUCUGA